UUUCAAUAUUUUGUUAAAGGUGAAUUGGAUUAACCCUGAUUAUUUUUGCUGCCUAGGCUCAACCUCUUGAGACGCACUCAGAACUGUUUUCAGGCCAGGACUCAGCCAUGAUGCUAGAACAAAAAGCUAUAUAUGGUCAAUCAUUUCCAUCCCAGCCAAGUCCAGUGCAAGGAUGUUAUCCUUCCAUGCAGAACCAGCAACCAGGCUUUAACCCCAUGAUGAAUCAAAUGGGUCAACAAGGCAGCUUCCCUCUUCCCAACAUUCAUGCCAGAGCAAACUUUGCCCGUCAUCGUAUGAUGAAUGCUUCUGCUCCCAUGCAACUUAGAAUUCAACUUCAGCAAAGAUUACAAGGACAACAGCAGCUUAUGAAUCCAAACCGUCAGUCCCUUGGAGUCAAAAUAGAAAAUCCAAGUGCAGUCAAUCCAGCUCUCCGACCAGGCAUACCACAGCAAAUGCUGGCUCAGGGUUUUCUCAAUGCACAGAUGGUGGCCCAGCGGCAGCGAGAGUAUCGGAGCCAACAACUUCGCCAGAAGCAGAUAAUGCACCGAGCCAUGCUCAUGCGACAGCAGCAACAACAACAGGGCUUCAGCCCUCCACCGAAUGUAACAGCUCCCACAGGCAUGGAAGGUGCAAUGGGAGUUCCUCAAAUAACCCCAGCAUCACCACAGCAAUUCACAUACCCUCCAAAUUAUGCGAUGAAUCAACAACCUGACCCAACUUUUGGCAGAGCUCCUAGCCCCCAUAAUGCACUUAUGUCAAGAAUGGGGCCUUCACAGGCUUCCAUAAUGCAGCAUCCUCAGGCAGCUACUGUCUACCAAACAACCACUGACAUGAAGGGAUGGUCCACAGGAAGCAUGGGCGGAAAUAGUACGUUUCCACAACAGUCUCCACAACAAUUUGGGCAACAGACAAAUGCCAGCACAUAUAACAGCCUGAUGAAUAUGAAUGCCAACAUACCAGUAAAUGCUACUGGCAGCACUAUGGGUCAGAUGCCAGGACAAAUGAGCAUGACUGCAAUGUCUGUGUCAGGGAUGUCAACUAUGGGUCCAGAACAGAAAUAUUGCUGACAACUCAGGAUGGCUGAUCAUCAAUCCUAAAAGGGUUAUUUUGGGUCCACGCAGCUUUUGAGAGCAAUGCACUGUGAGAACAUACAGCAAAGACUCUUGCACAGAGAUGGAAAUUGCGCCACCUUGUGUGCUGCUGGGGUUUGGUGCAGCCCAACUAGAACCACUGUGCCAGCCUGCUAAGGUGUACAUUUCUUAACAAAAGAGAAUUGUUUCUCUGUUUUUAUUAGAUGUGUUUGUUUUAUCAAGAAGAAGACUCUUGGCAACAGUACACCACUGGGUCAAAAACUCAAAUCGUUUUGGAUUUGCUUUGGUUUUUAAUUGUCCUUUAGUGUCACCUGGUUGCUACCUUCUGCUUGCCAAAUCUUGCAUUUACUUUAACACAGUACCUGGACUUGUUUUAUGUUUUAUUUUGGCAGUAUUGUGAAAUGUCACUUAUAAUGUGGUCAUUACUUUUACAGACAAUUGAGGGAAAAAGAUGUGACUGCUGAGUGUCAGCAUAGGACAGUGUGCUCGUUGAUGCACUUUAGAGAGGGUUGACGUAGUCAAGGAUCACUGCAGUGUUUCCUGAUCACUGUAUGUAAUUCUGCACAUUAGCAAAUUCUUGUUUUUGUUUUCCAAAUCAUCUUUGCUUUAAAUAUCCCAUUGGUAUUUUACAGUGGAACACAACUGUAUGACCAAUGUCCAACUUUUUAAAUCUGCAUAUGCAAUGCCAAGCAAUAAUCUUCUUUACUUUUAAAAUAUUGCAGAUAGAAUUUCAAAUGGGGUAAAUACAAGGUGCGUGCUGUUGAUUCAAAGCAAGGUACUGCAGCAUAAAACUCUUGAAAAGCUGGCUCCUGUGAAUAUAUCUUGUAAAUAAUGAAUACAAUACUAUAUUAUAUAUACACUUUUAUAGGUCACACUUUCUGAUUUCUUUUUUUGCACAGCAUUGGUGAGGCUAAAUAUUCGAUAGACUCUUAUUUCUGUACACUUGCCUUUUAGCACCAGUUCAAGUUGUCUGUCCUAUUUGCAACGGGCCAUGACAAUUGAGCCAUUCUGUAAAAAUGUGCAAAGACUUUAGAUUUUUUUCCAUGUUGAUCACCCAGAUUUUAUCUUGUGCUGCCAAUCCAGCUUUUAACUUUCUAAAGUAUUUCUUUCUGCUCCCCUCCUCCUCUCCCCAUCAAUAUAUCUAUAAAAAGAGGUGUUUCUGAAAAGUGCAACUGCAUAAUCUUACAUGAAAAUCAAUGCUUAACUUGACCAAACAGUAACUGAUCAGAAGUUUGUAAAAUUAUUUUUUUCCCUAUUAGUGUUUGUUUUGUUUAUUUUGAGAUAGAAUUGCCCAUCAAAUGCUGCUUGGCCAUCCCCUCACCUCUGUGUGAGAGAGAGAAAGAGAGGGGUUGCCUGUAAAUUGCUGAGUAAUGAUUUAGUGCCUGUGUUAUGGUGAUUGAUGAGAUAUGGAUCCUUGUAAAGGGGAACUUUAGCAUUCCAUUACAUCUGCAAAUAUGGGGAGAUGGAAUCAGAUUUGCAUCAUUGAAACAUGAUUCAAUAUUUAUGACAGGUUUUAAGAGGUCUUGCCACAAACAUCAGCUUACUUUACAUAAUUAUACUCCAAAAGAAUAAUAUUCUUCCUAAUUAUUUUGAGAGUAAGCUAAUGAUUUUGUGUGAUUCUAAAUGAGUAAUUUUUAUGAUGACUUGGUGAAUAAUUAACAGUACUGAACAUCAUGCAAGUCAUAGUGAUAACAAUUAAUUCCAUGAACAAUUUUUGUUUAACUGUGAAACUAAAUUUUGACUGCUAUUGAUUUUUUUGGGAGGUAUGUCUUUCAAUUUUCUGUUUAAAAAUUCUGCUCAAAAUAAUCUGCAAGUAACUCUAUUACCAAUUAGAGCCACUAAUGUCAAAGUGUGUUUAGAUUUGUUUAAACAAAAACAGACUUUCUAGAUUGCAGUGUGUUUUUCCAAAGUUUGUAUGGAAUAUGAAAAUUAUACUGUAGUUGAAAGAAACAGAUUAAACUAUAGAUGUGAUUUCGAGAAGCCAGUAUUGGACUGGGGUGUACAAAGUUAAAAAUCAAACAACAUCAGUUAUAGUCCAACAGGUUUAUUUGGAAGCACUAGCUUUCAGACCGCUGCUCCUUCAUCAAGUGGUGGAGCAAUGGUCCGAAAGCUAGUGCUUCCAAAUAAACCUGUUGGACUAUAACCUGAUGUUGUGUGAUUUGUAACUUUAAACUAUAGAUGUUAGAGUGACAAAGCAGCUUAAAGGCAAUGUACUUUUCACAGGGGAAUGGAAUAAUUUUGCACAUGUAAGCCAGUUUGUAGUUUGUGUUCCUAAAUGCUUAUUGUAGCUAAUGCAAAUUAUUUUUCUUUUACUACCAUUCCUGUUUGUUUCUUUUAUUUAUUUCUACUCAAAUGUUGUGGAUCGCUCCAGCAAAUCAUUCAAGUUUGGAAACGUCUACUAAUGUAUUUUAAGGAAAACUUUACUCAAUGUAUAACACAAAAUCAUGACUCAAAUUUGAAUGCAGAAUUAGUUACUGCCACUGGAAAGUUAUUUUUCCCCAAAAGGAUGCAGCAAUUUAAAUGGAGACUUCUAUUCCCCCUAAUGACUGAAGUCAAAUGUUCAGGUGGUAUUGAAAUCUAUUGCAACAAUUCAAUUGACUGUAAGGUUUCUGUGCUGCUAACACAAGUUUGGUCAGGUUACUAUAAAUUUGGUAAUUUGUUUUAAAAAAGAUUAGUAUCUAAGAUACUGGAACUAUGGUAGAAAAAGAUAAUGUCAAGUUUGGUUAACUUGGUUAUUGUAACUUGAAUUUGUGGAGGAGCAAGUGCUAGAUGAGUGGAAUAAAAAGACUGCUGCUCUUGACAGAUUAUGUGGACAUCAUCUUAAGUUAAAUCUGCUUUAGUUGAAGCAAUGUGUACUUUUUGUGCAACUAAUGUCCUGAUGUCUUGUCUGAUCAUAUUGAUCACUUAACUGCAUUGAAAAGAAAAAUAGUUGCUCUUAACAGCAAUAUAUACAUUCCACAUUUACUGGGUUUUUUAAUGUCAUCUCCCCAAUCUUAUGAGAAAGAAAGUGAAAAUUUGAUUUAGGUUUUGAGUUCUUAGGAUGUGUUACUCACUGCGUCAGCUCUCAGGAAAUUGAAAGGAAUAUGGCUUUACUAGGUAAGGUUUAAGUAGCAGCACCUGAUUUUUAAUUUUAGAAGAAUCCCUUUAUGACUCUGUUGAACUUGUUUAGGGUUUUUUAUGAAAUUAUCUGAUGCUGUCCAGAUAAUUACUGCAGGCUACUAUUGCUGCAUUUUGAACAUGGGACAGGCAUUUAACAGCUAUUGACUAGUGCUGUCUGGUGUGCAAAUGACGCAAAAUAAAAUUUGGCUGUCUGAAGCCAGCCAUGCAUACAUGGAGCUGGGCAAUCCAUGUGACAGAGGCAUUGCAGUUCAGCUGCUGCCUGGCCAAGUUGAAAACAGAAAAAUGGCUGCGUGCCUGCUGUUUCCACCAAUUUGGAAAUAGCAUUUCAAUCCUGUAGUAAUAAAGCUGAGCUUUGAGAGUGGAAGUACAAACUUGCCUUAUUUAUAGAUGGGUAGUUCAUAGAGAGAGAGAGAGCAUUUUCAGAAUUGCAAGAUUAAUCAUGGUAUAUUUACAUUGACGAUUACAACCUUUUGCUGUUAAAAAGACUCAGGUUUGCUGCGCAUUUAGAGUGAGGUCAAAUCAAAUAAACUGUUGACUAAAUUGGUUUGAUAAUGUAAGGGUUUAUGGCGAUAACCCAGUAAUCUGACAUUGGCUGCAUUUCGAUAAAUGAUUCUUAGUUUUCCAUGUGGUUCUUCAUACUAUAUUUCAUCUGUAUUCAGUUGCACUUUUCUGUAACCUGAGGAGGAAGUGGACAUUAAAAAUACUGUACCUGUAUUUGACAGACUAUCCUUAAGAAAACAACCUAUUAAAGUGCAAAUUUUGUUAUUCAUUAUUAUUUUAUACUUGGCUUUGCUUUCCCCGAUUUAAAUUUAGGCAUGAUGAUUUGGCUGAUCUCUAUAACAUGUAUACCAAAAUCCUGAAUAUAAUGGCAAUUUAGCAGGAUUUACUCCUGCAUAAAAAUGUUCAGAUCUCAAACCGCAGAUUGAUGUAUGUACAUUCCUCACUGGAAAAGAAUAUCCAUUUACAGCUGUUGACUUGGUACCAUGAGCAAUAUGAGUAGUUAAUUUUGAACAAAAAGGUAACUUGCAAAGCUAUUGGUCUGAUUCCAGAUUUUGUUUUAUUGUGCUGAUUCAUGGUGUAUGGCGAGGGAUAAAUCACAAGCGUCAUCCCAAUAGAGAAGGACAUUGCUUAGAGUUCCCAAGUUACUAAAGUAAGUUCGUUUUUACAUGACUUAAAGAAAAAAACAGGCUUUUUUUUAGAAACAGUACAAUAUGCUGGUGUUUGAUUUUUAAGGUUUUACAGAAUUUACUACAAGCUGACUUUAAAAAUAAAGUGAUAGCAAGUUCUGAUGAAGAGUUUUUGUAUAGAGAUAUUUAUAAAGGAUGCAAACUUGACUUAACUGUUGAAUGCCUCAAUUCAAUCCCCCUUUUCUUAAGGUGAAUAAUAUUUACAAAUUAUCAGUGCAUCAACUCCUGUUAGAGCUUUCAAGAUUGGAAAAUGCCUGUUUUCCUUCUAGUAAAAUGGUGUUUUGACUUGCUCAUGUGAUGUAGAGUUAACCUCACUACAGAAGUUAGCAGUAUUUUGAAUCUCUGAUAUCUCAGGGAUUUAUAUCCUGAUAUCUUAGGAUAUCUAGAUAGUAACUGAAUCAUGCAAGCGAGAAUGGCUCCAGCUUUAAAUCUCAAUUUUGUACUGAUAUGACAAUGGUAAUAGGCUGUAGGGAAGAAAGGCACUACAGUUGUUCUCAAUGACUCUGGGUUGGGGAUGAGAAACUCACCGAGGAAUCUCUCACCCGAACCUGCUGGAGUUUGUGUAUGAACUGACACGUGGAAUACAGGGCUAGGUCGGUUAGAAGCCGUCUGUAAUAAAAUAGCUUAAUGAUACAUUCAGUCCAGGAUUCUGGAUGGGUAAUGGCUAUUUUGAUCAGGUACCUGAAAUAUCCAGUGCCUGCAGAACAGUUCAUUGUGGAGUCAUACCUUCAAGAAAAGGGGAGAAAAUGUACCUCAUGGGUCUAGCACUAUUAUUUUGAUGAAAAUUUUAUACAAUUCGGACUUCAUUCCGAAACGUGAAUACCUUUGCCUGCAAAUUGACAUCAUUCUGUGAGUCUGAAUACUGACCUUACUGAUGUCCUUAACUGAUAUUGGAAGUUCAGAGGGCUGAACUGCAUUUCUGUUGCCAAUCUCCAGAAAGUUUCUUAUUAGCUUCCACCACCAUUUCCCUGGCUUAAAUGACCAUUUUACCUAAUAAUGCUUCACAACACAAGUUCACAGCACUAUGAAUGAAUCGGAAUUAUGUUUUUAAUCCAGGAAAUGAUUGUUUUGAAUUCCUGUAUAAUACUAUAUGUCCGAACUGAACUAGGUGCUUUUAGAGGUUUGGGAAUUUUAGUUAAAAUAUGAGUAGAAAAUUGAGUUUUGAUUUUUUUUUUCGCUGAGAUUGCAUACUACUAUAGAAAUCAGAUCAUGCAUAUUCAAACUCUUUACUUACUCGUAACACCAAAUUUUCCAUUGAUAUAGUUAAUGUAUAGGUUUACCCAUUGGAGAAAACUAUUUAUUAUUUAAAUAAGGAAUAAUUCAAUGCAGGUAUUAUUAUGAGUCACUUUUUUUUCUUUUUUUUCUUUCAGCCUCAACCUAACUUUUGUUUAAUUUUCUUUAUCGAGUUUUUUAUUGGUGGUAGACACCUGUAAAAAAAAACCUUAUGAAAUUGAUAAAUUUAUCAUGCUGUAAAAGCAAUAUUUGAAAGGCCAACUCAAGGAGACCUACAGUAUUGAUGAGUAGUGCAGAUUUAAUUUAGCUCCGUCUAAAGAUAUCUAAUAUUGCUAUUUGUAUCCCAAUGUUACAUUUCAUGCAAAGCAAGGUAUGAUAGAAAAUUUGUUUUAAAAAAAAACACAAAAACACAAAAAAGAUUAAGGUUGUUAGCAGAUAUUGCUUUUACUGAUUUAUUUGCCUCUUGAUGUUAAUGUUGUAAAUAGAGAUUUCUAUUUAAAAUGUCUUUGGCGAUUUGUUACCGUAUCUUGAUAUUCAACUGUUUGGAAACAGAUGUUGUAAGAAAGCAUUCUGUAAAAGUUGUACAUUAAAUACACAAGCCAUGUCUGAAUAAAUUUUCAUGAUAUUAAA